UUUAAGACACGAUCUUAAAUAUAAGAAUGUACUGUAAACAAGCCUUAACGUACACUCAGUGCGCACUAGUGUAAGCUGCCGAAUUCGCUAUAAGAGACUGCGACAAGAUACGAAAGAUAAAUUUGAAAGUUACAACAAAAUUGCGAGAACAUGCCUCAGGGAAGAAGAAAAACUCCAUUCAGUGGCAAAGCUAAGAAGCAGCAGAUGCAAGCUAAAAAGCAGCGACAACAUCAACAAGUCUUACUUGCAAACCAGGAUUUGGAUGAUGACAAUUAUUCUAGCAAUGCUAGUAGCAUGGAAUAUGAAAGAGAAAUGCAGAAAAUAAAUAAACAACCAAAGGAUGGCAAGUCAUCCAGAAAUAGGUAUACACUACAGUUUUUUCAAGAGACCAAAGAAGAAUUGCGAAAGCGCAAAGAACAAGCCAUAGAAAGCAUUGAACCGGUGAGCCUUAGGGAUCAAGAAGUAUCUGACAAUUAUUUUCCACCUGAAGUUGACAUGCCUAAACGGCCACCAUGGGACUUUAAUAUGACAAAGGAUCAAUUAGAGAUGAGGGAACAGAAAUACUUUAGAGAAUAUUUAAAUAGCAUAAAAGAAUUAGGUGACCUUAGUUAUUUCGAAUUGAAUUUGGAAACUUGGCGGCAGUUGUGGAGGGUCUUAGAGAUGUCAGAUGUUCUGCUGGUUAUUGUUGAUAUUCGCUAUCCCGUCCUGAUGUUUCCUCCUUAUUUAUAUGAUUAUGUGUCAAACAAACUGCAGAAAGACAUGAUCCUGGUGUUGAACAAGGUUGACUUGGCACCACCGGCUUUAGUAGUGGCUUGGAAGGAGUACUUCCAUAAUCAGUAUCCAAAAUUGCAUGUCCUGAUGUUCACAUCGUAUCCUACUUACAAUCUUCGUGAUAAUAUAGACAAUGACGAAGGUAUAAAAAGGAGACGCCGAAAAGGAAAGUUAAAGAUGGCCGCGGAAGGAGCGCAGAAGUUAUUGGAAGCCUGCAAGGAUAUUGUCGCGGACAAGGUUGACUUAAGCUCUUGGCACGACAAGAUCCAGGAGGAAAUGCAUUCUGAGUAUGAUCUUGACGACAUAGAUCGUAAGGAUAACGUGACAAUCGAGAAAGAAGACACCACUUAUUUUCAGCAUGAAAAGUACAAGAACGGUGUUUUGACGAUCGGAUGCAUCGGAACACCGAAUGUCGGGAAGUCGUCGUUAAUGAACGCGCUAAUGGGCAAGAAAGUUGUGAGCGUGUCUCGCACGCCCGGCCAUACCAAGCACUUUCAGACUAUUUAUCUCACGAAGACUGUGUGUCUGUGCGACUGUCCCGGCUUAGUCUUUCCUUCAGUAGUGCCCAAACAAUUGCAAAUAUUAAUGGGCUCGUACCCGAUCGCCCAGGUCAGAGAACCGUACACUACCGUGAAGUUUUUGGCUGAAAGAAUGAAUCUGCCGAAGCUGUUGAGAAUCCCGCAUCCAGAAAACGACGAUACAUGGUCCGCUAUGGAUAUCUGCGACGGUUGGGCUCUCAAGAGGAGCUUCACGACAGCCCGGACAGCCAGACUGGACACUUACAGAGCGGCAAAUUCGGUCCUGCGAUUGGCAUUAGAGGGAAAGAUUUGCCUAUACAUAUAUCCACCAAAUUGGACUAUUCAUAAAGAACAAUGGGAAAGUCACGGGGACGUUGAAACAGUGAGGUGGAUCCAAGCCAGGAAUCAAGUGAUGGACGAUUGCGACACACAAACUACGUAUAUAUCUUCUUCAGACUAUGAAGAAGAGACCUACGACAAACAGGGACAUAAAAAAGCUGCCAGAGGCGUAGCGAAUAACUCCACAGGAUCGUCCAGCGACGAGAACGAUAUACCGCCCGUAGCUAAUAAGUUUGCAGCGUUGUCUACAGAAUAGGAAAGAUUUAAAUAAUGCUAUAUUAAUAAGUUAAGAAAUAGCUAAUUAAUAAAUUAAUAAAAGAUAAAUGAUGACGUUAGUUA